UUCAACCAGUCUUCUCUCUCGCUCUUCUCUGCUUCUUUUUGUAUAAAUUUCCUCUCUCGUUCUCUCAAAAACUUCAUUUCUUUCCACUUACGUUACACCAACUUGAAGGCAUAUAGACAUUCUCUACCAUGGAAGGAGAUACUGGGUGUAAAGAAGAUGAUCAAGACAGGAGGUCGAUUGCGCAGUCUGGGGAUGAUGAAGCAGGUUGUUCUGUUACCGUUAGUGCCGCCCAAAACCCAGAAAAAGAAGAUGAAGACUCACAGGAUGAUAAAGCAAGUUGUUCUGUUACUGUUAAUGGCGCUAGAAACCCAGAAAAUGAAGAUGAAGAGGGUGAUAGAGGCUCGGUUCUUCUGAAGGAACAAGUCUUUCCGGUAUUUUCUUCAGCUCUUUCCGUUUCCUUUUGAAUUUGUUUCUUUUAAAUAGUAAGAAAGAAUUGUUCUUGAUAACGGGUUUUUCGUGGGACUAACUCUUUAGAAGCAUUCAAAGUUGUGGCUAGCUUGAUGUGAGUUU